GGUGUCAGAAGUGAAUGUGGCUAUGGAUUAUCAUAUGUUCUUGGUAGUUUUUCUGUGGUGUUCAGUUUUACUGUUCUCUACUUGUAGUUUUUCUGCAGCCACGGAAUUAAGUUUUGUUACUUGCGGCUCAGUUAUUAAGUUAUUAAACGUGAAACACAACGUCAGGUUACAUUCGCACGAUGUCCGAUAUGGUUCUGGGAGCGGGCAGCAGUCGGUUACCGGUGUUACCUCAGUGGAAGACAGCAACAGUUACUGGAGCGUGCGCGGCACAGCUAAGGCACUGUGCCAUCGUGGAACCGCUGUAAAAUGUGGCCAAAACAUUCGACUAACACAUGUCAACACGGGGAGAAAUCUGCACAGUCACUACUUUGCAUCUCCUUUGUCUUCUAACCAGGAGGUUAGUGCUUUUGGAGAGGAUGGUGAGGGAGACCAUCUUGAUGAGUGGACGGUUCUUUGCGGCGGUUCGGUAUGGGAUCGUAAUGAGGCUGUGCGUUUCCGUCAUGCUGCCACUGACGCCUUGCUGUCUGUGACGGGGGAGCAGUACGGUAGACCCAUCCAUGGCCAGAGAGAGGUACACGCCAUGACAAGCUCCAGCCAGCACAGUUACUGGAAGGUCAUGGAGGGCGUGUUUAUGAAACCUUCUGAGAACAUGUCCAGGGAGUACAGCAGUCCACUGCACACUGAGUUCUGAACAAGAGUCUCUCCAUUCUCCAUGCAUCUGUUUCCCACCAAUGUCAGUCUCCAGCAGCCUUUUGGUCAAACCUCGUUUUAUUUUGUGUUGACAGGACAGGUGGGUGAACUGGUGCCCAUAUAGUUCACAACAGUUUCAUUUUUUAACUCAAGCAUUUGAAAUGUAUCUCCUAGCACAGUGCUGGUCGUGCCUCAUUUUUUUAUACGCCCAACAAAAUAACUGACCUUUAUUCUCAGGCUCUUAUCAGUGUUAGUACAUUACAGUUCACCCUUAUUGAUAUAUGGCUCCGUUUAAAUAAUUGCCUCCCUGUAAUGAAAUGGUUAAUGCAGUUUGUCUGAUCCGUUAUUUAAGUGGACCAAUACAUAAUGUUUCUUGUUCUUUUUGAUAUUCAGUGAAAAUAUCGAUAUACAGCCUUCACAGACUAGCUAAACUUUACAUUUUAUCUUAAAUACGGAGAGUAAAAGAUGCUGCAUUGACCCUCUUCCCGCAAGCAUGAAUUCUAUCAAAAGGAAUGAACUGUAUCCAUUUUCUUUUUACACAUUCUACAGUUAAAAAUUGUUUAUUUGAAAAUGAUCUGCUUACAUAUGAUAAGGUUAGAAACGCCUCAAAGUUUUAAAAAUCCUUGUGUUUGAUUAACAAGCCAUCUGAUGUACUGACAAACACUGAGGUAAUGGUUCAAAUGAACCCAUAUGUCCAAAAGGGUGAAGUUCUGUUUUACACAGGGUGGUGGCAUAGAGUGAUGAGGAUAUUUUACCAGAGCAUGCAGAGACGGUAUCAUCAGACACUACCUCAUUAACAAAUGUAGUGAGUGCAUUGAAUGCCAUAUUAAACACCAGCAUAAUGCUGCCUGACACAGCUUCUGAUGCUGUUUUAAUAUAAAAUGCUGAACUAUUUUAAUAUGUUUUCAUGUGAUUCAUUUUGCAACUCACUACUUCUGUAUCAAACACAAAUCGGAAAGCGUGAUAUUGUAUUGGAAGCCUUGCAGUUCUCGCAAGUCUUAUUGCAAAAGCAUGUAGUUCAUGUUUGAAACAUUGUGUUUACUAAUAUUGAUAUAAUUGUGUCUAUUGCAGGGCCACAAUGACCAAUAAUUUCAUCCUGGUGAAAUAUCUUCAUAAGAACAUAUGCCUGUCCCUUGAUUAAAUAUACACUAAUGUCACAGGAAUUAGCUCGGAAGAAAAACAGUUAUCAGGUGCUCAUGAGAACUAGUCAUAUCCAUAACUACACUAUGGACCUAAAACAAUAUUAUGACCCAAACAGGGAAAUCUGUGACUUAUUUUUUACCUCAGAAAAAAUCUGCAACAACUGCCAGGAAAGUCUACACACAUUAUGAUGUUACAGGUAUUAACUCUGAUUCAUAUCAAAAUAACCAUUUCUCUUUUUUCCCCCCACUGUAAAACUUUGAAAGAAUUGUAACACUUACUUCAAGUUGUGCCUUUUUAAAAGAUGAAAAGGUAUUGUGAUUUCAUCAGAACUAAGUAAUGAGUGAUGAUGUAAUUCAGAAUUAUGUAAACAUGCCCCCAUGCACUCAGUGGCCAGUGUCUUAUGUGCGCCCACCCAGCACUGGGUUCACCCUUGCUUCGCCACCCCCAAGAUGUACUAGAAUUCUCUUGAGAUGUGGAUCCUUCAGGGCGUUGGAAAUGUCCCACAUGGAUGUUGAUCGAUGCUAACAUGACGGCACUGUAAUCACUGUGGUAACUAGUCCGAUGGAUUUAUGACGUGACCAGAUUGUUCCAGCUCAUCCCAGAGAUGCUCUUCUGGUUUGAGGUCUGAGGGCUGUGCAGGCCAGUCAGUUAAAGUCAAGUCACUGUCAUGGUCCAUACUGAGACAGUGCCUGUAUCUGGAUAUGGUAUGUCUUGCGGCAAGACGUGUCCAUAUUCCAAAGGGUCAGUUCUAGCCUUGGGAUGCUCAGCUGAUAUCAAGGGGCCUAAAGUGCGCCAAGACAACACCUUGUGACAAUCACACCGGUGCCACCAGCUGUUACCGUUGACAACUGAAAGGAAAGGUCCAUGGACUUAUGUUACUUACACCCCUUACAACCCUGACUGUGUCAUCAGCAAGAUGCAGCAGGGACUGGCAUUCACUUGACUUACCGAUGUUUUUCCACUUCACAGUUAUGCAGUGUGUAUGUUUGCAUGCACACUGGAGCUGUUUCUUCUUUUUGUAUCUGACAGGAGUGGCACCUGAUGUGGUUAUCUGCAGCUAAAGCCCAUCUGCGACAAGGACAGAGAAGUUUUGCACUGACUCUCUGCAAGAGCAGUCCGCUGUUGUGAAUGGGGUGUUAUAUCUAAUGAACUGCCCGUUGAGCCUAAUAGAAUCAAAAUAGAAUGGUGUUGUACCAUGUGCUUGGAUAUUAGAAUAGUCUUAUGCAUGGCCGAUGACUGCACAUAGACAGUAAGGGAGUUCUGUGUUUUUUUCACUAUGGAGAAUCUGAUGAUGCCAAAAAGAAUGGACACACAGGCACACACACAUACAAAUAGUGUUCUCCCAAUUUUUCCUGUCGUAAUUCAGAACCUAAUUAAACACAGUAUUACAGUUUGCAGUGCAAUAUCUCACAGUAUGGAAUGUAACAUGUUCCACAUUGUUCUGACUAAGUGCUUGCACUGAAACCAGGCUUGAAAACAGGUUUCUCAGGCUGUGUCUCAAGUCUAUUUCAAGCAUUUUACAGCUUGCAUUGUUUUUUUUAAUGAGUUCUUUGUUGUAGGUUGCAUUUCAAUAGCUUAGUUUUCAUGUGGCUUGUUGAGGAUAACUAGAAAUAAAAAAUCUAGAUAUUUUUCAUUAAAUUGAUCUGAAUUGUGCAUCUUUGAAGUGGUGGUGAGUUAAUUUGUCUGUGAUAUUAUGAAAACAAUGCUGUUGAAUGGGUUUCU